AUUGUCCAGUGAACCACGUCGGACGUUAUAUCUAAAAUUUGAGAACAUCACAGUGCUGCACAAUGAUCGGAAGAUAUUGGACAAUGUCAGUGGGACGGCAUGUCCUGGUGAAAUACUGGCGGUAAUGGGCCCUUCUGGCAGUGGAAAAACCACAUUAUUGGAUUGUCUUAGCAGUCAGAGAAAAAUCAGCAGUACUAGUCGAAUAUAUGUUAAUGGCGAACCACUGUCGAAGAAGUGGCGUCGCAAAAUAUGUUAUGUUUUGCAAGAGGAGAUAUUCUUUUCUAGCCUCACACUAAGAGAAACAGUUACCUAUGCCGCCCUACUGCGUUUGCCAGAGAAAAUGCCCAAAGUUGAGAAGUUUGCAAUGGUGGACAGCAUCUUAGAAUCACUCGAAUUGACUUCCUGCCAACAUACGAAAUUCGGCGAUUACAUGAAUCGAGGUUUAUCUGGUGGCGAGAAAAGAAGAGCCAACAUAGCGUGUGAAUUGCUAACGAACCCCCUCCUGAUGCUAUUAGAUGAACCCACAUCUGGUCUAGAUAGUCACGCCGCAAUUUCUCUUCUGAAAAUAUUGAAACGUUACGCCAUUCAAGAACAAAAAACAGUUGUGAUAACCGUACAUCAACCUUCGUCGGAGAUGUUCCGCAUGUUUGAUAAGCUGUUGCUGCUCUAUAAUGGCUGUACAGCGUACUAUGGCGGGGUGAAUAACAUUUACGAAUACUUCCAAGAUAUCGGAGUGACAAUAAAGCCGCACUACAAUCCCGCCGAAUUUGUACUCGAACAAUUAAAAUCUAAUCCGGAUACACGUGAAAAACUUUUCAUGGCCGCAAAGGAAUCCUAUAGCAAUAUUCUAAAUCAGAAUUGCUUGGCACAAAAUGGUGUCAUCAAUACGAAUGAAAUUAACAGGAUUUGUCCAUCGGUGAUGGUGUGCCACGAGGACAAGGAUCAGCACAAUGUGUUAAUUAACGAUAUAAUUCAGAACUAUUACAACGAUGUACAUACAAAUAGCAGCCGCCAUCUACGCACCGAAUCCAAUAAUUGCCACCUGGGUUUUAAUCUUGAAUCGUGCCAAAGAAGUUGCGAAGAAGCCACACAGCAAUUGUGUCCCAGUGAACUACAUUCGGAUGCCUGGACAGUGCCAGUGGACAAUGAGGACUGGCUCGACUACCCAACCAAAUUCCAUACCCAGUUCCGGGUGCUAUCCAAUAGAAACUUCAAGGAAGCCAAAUCGCGAAUGCUCUCGAAACUCAAUUGGUUUCAAACUAUCGGAUUGUCUCUAAUGACCGGUGUCAUAUGGUUUAAUAUUCCGCGAACAGAAGAGUACUUGCACGAUCUGCAAGGGUGGAUGUUCUUCUCGCAAACGUAUUGGAUGCUGUUUGCCUUGUUCGGUGCCUUAAACUCGUUUCCAUCUGAGCGAGAGGUAAUCAAUAAAGAAAGACGUUCUGGAUCAUAUAGGUUAUCGGCGUAUUACCUGGCCAAAAUGUUCGGAGAGCUACCAUUGGUUGUCACCCUGCCAACAGUCUAUCUCUUGAUAUCGUACUCAUUACUGGGUUGUUCAAGCCUCAAACUGUUCCUUCUUAUGCUGGUCUUCCUUCUGCUCAAUACAAUGGUAGCACAGAGUGUUGGCUUCUUCAUAGGGGCCUGUUGUAUGGACAUGAAUGUGAGUAUUACGCUAAGUGCUCUUUACACACUGGCUACUCAACUGUUCGGAGGAUUUCUGUCUACACGCAUACCAGAAUUUCUAAGUUGGAUUCGGUAUACCUCCAUGGUACAUUACGCGUAUCAAAAUAUGCAAAUUUUGGAAUUUAGAGAAGGACCACCAAUAUCGUGUAAAAAACCAAGCAGCUACGAAGCUUGCACAAAAAGCGAUACAAUACCGUACGAAGAUAUUCUUAGAUCUCAGAAUUUCACAACUCCUCUGUGGUUCAAUACUUUGGUUCUACUCUCAUUUCUGGUGCUAUUUCGCGGUUUGGGAUAUACGGUUCUUCGAUAUUUUCGAUGCCCCAGAACAUGA